AUGGCAGGUCUAGAGGAUAAAGAUGAGGAGGGUGCAUCUCAUUCCCCACGCACCAAAGGCAUCAUCCAAUACUUUACAAGGCAAGUGAAGCAGCACACAGAAGGACUUGAUACAGAUUUGCAGGUGACAAAUGAGAAGAUUGGACAAUUGGAGUCCACGCAGAUCUCCACCAACACUAAGCUUACAGGGCUGGAGACAGCGGUCGCCCGCAUUGACACUAGCCUUGCUGCUCUUGUGAGGCAUUUUGAUGCUCUCAAUGCUGGAGGCAAUGGUGGGGGUAAUGACGAUGACAUUGACGGAGAGUACGUCGAGGAUAAUUUGGAGGAUGAAUAUAUUGCUGACACUGAACAAGAUGAUCGAGAUGCUCGAGAUCGUCGACGGCUACACAACAAUCGACGAGAUAAUGAGCCACCGGAAGAGCACAUUGGGGCUGCAUUUGCGGAUCACUAUGAGAGUCUCAUUGUGCAGCGUGUCCUUAGCGCACAAAUGGAGAAGGCGGAGCAAAAUCAGCGACACACGUUGUUCCAAACAAAGUGUGUCGUCAAAGAGCGUUGUUGCCGCAUGAUCAUUGAUGGAGGUAGCUGCAACAACUUGGCUAACAGCGAGAUGGUGGAGAAGCUUGCACUUAGCACCAAACCGCAUCCACAUCCAUACUACAUCCAAUGGCUGAACAACAGUGGUAAGGCGAAGGUAACAAAACUGGUGCACAUUAAUUUUGCAAUUGGAAAUUACCAUGAUGUUGUUGAAUGUGAUGUUGUGCCCAUGCAAGCUUGUAAUAUUCUGCUAGGUAGACCAUGGCAAUUUGAUAGGGAUUCUAUGCAUUAUGGUAGGUCAAACCAGUACUCUUUUCUGUACCAUGAUAAGAAAAUUGUGUUGCAUCCCAUGUCUCCUGAAGAUAUUUUGCGUGAUGAUGUUGCUAAGGCUGCCAAAUCCAAAUGUGAGAGUGAUAAAAAAGCCCAAUCUGAUGGCAAGAAACCUGAGACAAUCAAUUUGAAACCCAGAUGCUUACUUGCUACUAAAUCUGAUAUUAAUGAGUUGAUUGCAUCACCUUCAGUUGCCUAUGCUUUGGUAUGCAAAGAUGCUUUGAUUUCACUUCACGAUAUGCAGCAUUCUUUGGCCCCUGCUGUUGCUAACAUUUUGCAGGAGUACUCUGAUGUGUUUCCCAAGGAAGUGCCACCGGGGCUGCCACCGGUGCGCGGCAUUCAGCAUCAAAUCGACUUGAUCCCAGGUGCUUCCCUACCGAAUCGUGCGCCAUACCGAACCAACCCUGAGGAAACCAAGGAGAUUCAGCGUCAAGUUCAUGAGUUGCUUGAUAAAGGGUAUGUACGCGAGUCUCUUAGUCCAUGUGCGGUUCCGGUAAUUUUGGUACCAAAGAAAGAUGGUUCAUGGCGUAUGUGUGUUGAUUGUAGAGCUAUUAAUAACAUUACCAUUCGAUAUCGUCAUCCUAUUCCUAGGUUAGAUGAUAUGCUUGAUGAAUUGAGUGGCUCUAUUGUGUUCUCCAAAGUUGAUUUGCGUAGUGGUUACCACCAGAUUCGUAUGAAGUUGGGUGAUGAAUGGAAAACAGCAUUUAAAACAAAGUUUGGGUUGUAUGAGUGGUUAGUGAUGCCUUUUGGUUUAACUAAUGCACCCAGCACUUUCAUGAGGUUGAUGAAUGAGGUUUUGCGUCCUUUCAUUGGAAAAUUUGUGGUGGUCUACUUUGAUGAUAUCUUGAUUUACAGCAAGUCUAUGGGUGAACAUUUUAAUCAUUUACGUGCUGUUUUUAAUGCUCUUCGUGAUGCACGUUUAUUUGGUAACCUUGAGAAGUGCACCUUUUGCACAGAUCGAGUUUCUUUUCUUGGCUAUGUUGUAACUCCGCAGGGGAUUGAGGUUGAUCAAGCCAAGGUUGAGGCAAUUCAGAGUUGGCCGACUCCUAAAACGGUCUCACAAGUGCGGAGCUUUCUAGGACUCGCGGGGUUCUAUCGCCGCUUUGUGCAGGAUUUCAGCACCAUUGCUGCACCAUUGAAUGCGCUUCAAAGAAGGGAGUGCCUUUCACUUGGGGCACAUCACAAGAGAACGCCUUCCACAUGUUGA